CACAUCGGGCUUUGGCUUUCAGUCGAGACAGAACGACCGAGGGAUUCUUGUUCAAAAAGAGCCGCGGUAAAUCGAUAGUCAAUCGUUUACUAAGCUCUUGUGCAGUUAUACUUCAACAUCAUGGUAAGCAGAACCAGCAUUGAAAAAAAUACCGUGCACGGUAGAAGCAAAGUUUGAGGCAGCUCUGCUUAAAGGCGCCAGCACUGUCCGACAUGCGCCUUAUUGGAUUGCAGGGAAAAAUCUUCCACGUUGCUAUAGAAUCUGCAAGUUCACAGGCAACUUAGUGUCAUAAUUGCCGAAGCAUCGUCUACAAUUCCGUUCCCACCAUACAAAUGAAGAAAUUGCUGCAAAUUGUUUGAACGACGGAAGCCUCAUGUGGAAAAAAUAGGUACCAAGUUGAGAAAAAGUGAAGAACGCGAAGGAACUGUGGUAGAUUUGGCAGUGCUAGUGAAUAAUCAAUGAUGCAACGAGAAUGAAAGUUCGCAUAAGAUUGAAGCUCAAGCUUUGAGGUAAAACAGAUUCAUUGAGAAAAAAAAGAAAUCUGUUCUAUCGUGUUUUAUGAUUCAGUACAAAUCUAUUAAUCUGCAAAAGUGCCUAAAAGAUCCUGUUCACAAAAAGUACGUGUACCCGUGUAGUGCGUAUGCUUUCCAGCCUACCCUCACGCAUGUGAGGGUGUGUGUGUAUGUGCGUAUCUGUGUGAGCGUCUUUUAUUUGUUAAAUGUGCAAAAGUGUAACUUUUCGUGAACGAAAGCAGCCACUCACGAAAAGUAGUUUAAGUUUGCCGUAGUUCUUGUUAUCGAAUAAUAUUCGAUGAAUUUUCAACUAUACGAAAGCUUCCUGGUAGCAUUCGUCGACCUAUUCAAGUGAUUAGCUAAGCACCCGUAGUGCGUCCUCUGGUGUCAUUUUCCAUUCUCGAUGUUCUUCUUGCAGACUACACAUGCUGCAGCUAUCUUUCCGGAAGCUAUCGGAAUUUGAGGAAUGGAUCAAUACAUGCCGAACACAGUUGCAUCACGCCGUCAUCGUUGCUGACGUCCUCCUUAUCGGUUCGAUUGUGUUUUAGUACGAGGCAAAACGAUGUGCCCGUUAACCGUUAAUAAUUCCAGUAGGCCUGGGCGCGAUUUUUACUGGUAUUUCAGAUAAACCACGGGUCGAAACAUUGUAGUGAUUGAUCAAACGGCAAGUGUGGGUUACAGUGAAUAGAAGAAGCGAAAACAAUACCGAAAGCUUUUCAUUACAAAUCCGAGGCAAAGUUCUUCGUGCUAUUUUUUCACCUGCCGUGCCGAAGAGUGAGCUCCUUCUGGUAUCGUAGCUUUCUCUCCUCAUUCCCUUUAUGUUCCCUUCAUCCUUCCUUGCUGCGGUACUAAAACUCCAAGUUGUAUUUGAUACGCGAUGAAUGUAGCAUCGUCGUCUCCAUCGUCUCGCAAACAGAAACGCCUUGGUCCUGCACCAAUAGCCUCAAUGGAAGAUACAUCGGCCGAAGAAAAAGCACAGAUGGAGCAGCAAAAUCAUCAUAAUUUGCAACGCUGGUCGCAUGAAAAAUCAUCAAUUGAUUCGUCUCGUGGCUCGCCGACAAAACCAUACGAAGGUCAUUCGGCGCUGAUACCUGCAACACCACGCAUCGACAUCAGUAGAGCCUCAUCCCAUUCGUCUCAUCAUGACAGUAGAGACAGUAGUCCCGAAAAUGUGUUUGAGCAGGUCGGUACAGGUACGUUGCAAGACUCGGGUGUACUUGGUUUUCGUGAGGAAGACACGCUGGACUUACGAAACUCUACCGAGGAACUGCAGUUUAUGGAACCGGAGAAGGGUAAUCGCGAGAAAGAAAAACCUAAUACGCAAAUAAACUACGGUUCCUGCCCCACACAACGUUACUCACCAAUCAUUUGGAAGCUAGAGGAACAGCCUAGUCAGUCGCAAUACCAGUACCAGCAUCAGCAGCAACAGCAACAUAAUCGUAAAGAUUCUGCCAGUUCUGAGGUAGUGGCAUUCCUGUCCAUUUCUGGGCGUACUAGCCGGCUUUCAAGUGUUGGUAGUCAGGGAUCAGCUAACAGUAAACUUUCGGCUACAUCGGCUGUUUCUGGCAUUUCACGGUCACCUUCGCCUCACAAGAUGCUACUAGAAACCUCUUUCUGCGGUGCGAAACCUCUACAGACUUAUGCUGAAAGUGGUGUUGUUGGUAGUAGUCUGGAGCCGUCUACGGAAAAGAUGCUAGAACAAGUCAUACUGUCCCGAAAGAAAGAUCCGACGGAAGCAGUUCUAGCGGAAGGAGUGCACGUACUAUCUUCCGCAGGGAUAGCUGGCUCCGCCCUAGGAAAUGGUCACCACAGAGGAGAAAAAGAAAACAUUCCUCAGCAACCACCUCCUGGUGGUGGAGAUGUUCAAACUGCAGCACAACAAAGUACUAUGAUGGGUCAUACACGGCGUAAGUCGGAUUGCGGCAUGAGCACGGCGAACAAUCUAGAGAUACAAAAUAUCAAAACAAAUCAAACAAGCCGUAGCGUUGGCAAUAAGCGUCAUAUUCCACCGCGUGAUUUGAAGAACUCAAUAGUUGGUGUCAUGCCAAGCGGAACAGAGUAUAUACGAAUUAAGCUUAAACCGGAUCAUUGCUACAGCGAUAACGGCAUUGCAGACAACGAACGUGUCGUAGAAAAACCGAAGGACAGCGUCCAGGAACUUUCGGUGGCGUCAACCCACGAUCAACAUCGAACACGUGCGUCCAGUGUUACCCGAUCGCCGUCGCCCGCAAACCAACAGCAGCACCUUCCCCGGAAAAAGCGUACAUCGACGGCGUCCAAUGAAUCGACCACACUUGGUGGUAGGUACGAUCAAACAACAGAUCAACCUACCGCAUCGGCCAACUCGACACCGUCGAAGCAGAAGCUGGUGCUGAAAAUGUUCAAAUCUAAACGGGACCCAAAGUCGAAGUCUCCUUCGCCAAUGGGUUCGGCAGCGGACGGUAUUGGGCAAUCCUUCUCCAAUUCCCCUGGUUACGACCAACAUACGAAAAGCAACAUCGCCGCAGCACGAUCACCUGGAUCGACAGGAUUGCGCUACUAUGACACACCGCUCGAUGGCCAAAGUAUACAUAUUCCACUGCACACGCCGCCAGAGGAACGGCGUUUGGGUUCAUUCCGCAGUGCGGCUGGUGUAACAUCAUCUUCUUUUAUGGAAGCAGCAGCUGCAGCAUCAGGAGGAAGUGCAUUUGAAAGGCAAGUGUCGGUAUCCGCUUCAGGCACACCCACAGGGCAUGGCAGUAGCAUUCAAAAACACGCCAAAACACCCAAACAGCAACGCAUUGCCAAUAUGACAGUUACGAUACAUGAUCGGCCCAAGCCAAUGCCUCCGCUCAAAUGCUAUAGGAUUGACAAUCCGGACGGUAGUAUUAUAAUUCCGCUAAAAUCCCCAAUUGAGGAUAAGGAAAAUAAUUCACAUAACUGGGAGAAUGUUAUUGGGGAGCUAUCACAGCGCAUUGAAAAACAUGUUAGUGAAGAUCUCGAUGAUGGUGAAAAAUGCUCUAAAGCAAAAUCCCACUCAUCAACGAACAAUUAUGUUGAACCUGUUAACAGAAAACAGGAACAAAGGCACGGUAAUCAGACCAUGCCUCCGCCACCCCCGCCACCGCCACCACCACCUGCAUCUAGAUCAAAAGUACCAAAAUCUCCUGUACCUAUUUCGACGGAAAACAAGGAAACGGUAGAUAUAGAACUUCAUAGAAUGCAACAAAUGAAUCAAGCGCCAACGUCCUCGGUAAGUGUUUCUAUGCGUAAGAAACAGGCGGCUCUAUUUCAAAUGCGUAUGGGUUCUGGCAGUGAGGAGCAGAUAUUCAGCACCACUUUGAAAGAUUAUACUAAAGAGAUGAACCGUAACAGCUCAACCGUAAGCCAAAGUUCUGAAACCUCGCUACAGAAAGCCCAGUGCGAGCAGGCGCAUAGGGGAGACAGCAACAACAUGUUGAUCGACGGUAGUAUUGUCAUUGGUGGCGAAGGCACCCAAACAAGGAAACUGUUGGCCGGUAAUUGUAGUGAGCAUCCAAACGACCUAGUGACAGCCCAUAGUGUAACAACAUCAUCUUCACCUCAACAGGUCAUGCAGGCGCAAGGAGCAAUGUUGAUGAAGGAACUACAUGAACAUCAAAAACAGCACCAGUUAAGACAGCAACAGAAGCUAGAGCAACAGCAGCAACAGCAGCAUCAGCAGCAGCUACAACAAGAAAGAAAGCAGAAGCGGGACAGUUACGGUUCACAUAAGAGUGCAGAAGCAAUAGAUGAUGAAGCAGCUCCAAUAGUAUCACGCAGUAGUACUAGCCCAGCCGAAUGUAUUGAUACAAAGCACCACCAUCACCAACACCAACAUCAAAAUCAUCAUCAUCAGCUUCACAAUCAUGUCCAUCGUCAAAAGCACCAUGAUCAUGAUCAGACGCCAUCGAUUGAACGGCCAGGCUCCAGUGCCACUGUCGACGACGGAAUGGCGUCGUCAGAAAGUGAAAAGGAUUCGGAAUUUGAUUCCGCUUCGAUACAAACGGGACGGCAUGCUCUGCGACCAAAUAUGCUCGCGAUCGAGGAUCACGAAAGUGCUGGUCUAGUCUUUCAAGAAUCAUUCGACGACGAAUUACCAUAUAUUCCCACAACAUUGCCGGAAGAGAAACCGGUAGGCAUUAAGUUGGUGCCAGCAAAGGAGCGCACGCAGAUCGAUUUGAAGACUUAUCCUCUUGAACGACCCCGCUCAACAACACCCAUCCAUCCAGGCUCACUGGAUAAAUAUUGCCAUGAUCGUUCGGCGUCUGCUGGAGUGCGAGGCAUGACAGUACGUUCUACCACCGGUGGAGAUAAGCAAGCAACAUUACACGACUCCACGUCUACACCAAAAAGUUCAAAUGUGGCAAAGCUUCGUAUUAGCCUACCGGUCAAAAAGUCCAGCGAUGGGACCGGAUCAGGAGUGGGAUCCCGAGUUUUUGAGCAUCGCUCAUCGUUGGGGGCUAUUACAAUGACAACUACGACAGCGGGAGGAAAUGCGGGUGGAAGUACUAGUGUUGCUGGUAGUGGAAGUACGGGUAGACAAUAUCGAUCGACUUCGACAACGACGGCGAUGAUGUCCUCAAUGGUAAUAAGUAACCGCGGAAUUGCAUCAGAAGAUUCACCAACGCCGCCACCACUGCCACCGCGUAAAGCGUCCGCUUCGUCAUCGUCGGCAAACACAGUCACACCUCCAGGUUACAAAUGGAUCGAUGUGGAAGCUAUACCAGAACUGCGAAAAGCACCCAAACGUAUAACAGCAAUACCACAAAAGCCACAGCAACCAUUAUCGCAAACACGUAACGCCAACAAUGACAGUGCCGGUUACACGAAUGAUCGUCGAGAAACGGCUCUGGAUGGUCAAGUGUACAAUUAUGUCAAUCCGGAAGAUUGUCAAUGCGAAUGCCACGAGCAUGAACGGACAGUCGCCAACUCAAGCACAAGUGUCGGGGCGCACGACGAUAUGAUGGUCUCUUCAGUCGAAUUGGCUGACGAUUGUAGGCCUCUGUUGCGCUCGUCCUCGUCUUCUUUAACAGCGGCUCCAGCAGGCACUACUCCUAUGUUAGAUGAAUGCCCAACGGAUCGAAAAGUGAGACCAGAAAGCGUGGUACCAGAUAAUGACGGAUAAAAUCAUGGCAAAUAUUGCUCUGCGACUACUCACAAACUGGUCUGAGUUUCCUUACCUUACUUUUCAGAAGCGGCACAUCUGCAUCGAUGCGAAUAUUAUGCCAAGGCCGUCUUUAGAAAAGGUAAAGUGAAGUACGAAGUUCGAGCAAAAAUGGCGAUGUAGUUUAAGAGAGCGUAUUAUCUAUCGAUGCCGCCUUAACUACGGCAACCUUGUGCAAGCAAGAAAAACUAAUAGUUGAUAAAUUGAACCACGCAAAACAGCAACAAAAAUCCAUUUAACAUUAAUUUCAUACUUGUAUACUCCAAUAUGCUAUGCUCGCAAUAUGCUCGGACCAUAGAUAACAACACGUUACGAUUUAAUAACACUUAAGGAAUCGCAUACACAGUGGUAAUAAUAAAACACAAUUGGAAGCAACAUUUAAGAGGACAUAUUGACAUUUGAGGUACUUAACAGUGCUGUUGAUUGUGUAUUACACAUGUAGUAAUUAAAACAAGCGGAAUUCGCAAUGGUCUACACUACCAUUUACUUGCUCCUGACCAUCAAUUUGUCCUCGUCCUCGCACCAGAAAUGAACAGACGCCCGCAAAGGAGAUGUGGAAAUGUUUAGCUAAGCUGUGCAUGUGGCAUGAUUCGGUGCAAAAUGUUGGAAAUAGUUGGUAAUAGUAAUAGUUGAAACAUACUAAUUGACCAACGUAUAUCCAGCGGGAUUUCCCUUCCAUUGUUAGUUCCUCAAACAUAUUCGCAGUUAUUAUUCUAAGCUCAAGCAUAUUGAAGCUACGGUACAGUUCAUGGAAGCAUGCGAGUAGAAUGUAAGAGUCAUGCUCAUGAACGUCGCGUUACUUCAAAAGCUCCCUCCCCAAAAUUUGUUGCACUACUUUUAUUCAUCGAUUUCAAAGCUGCUCGCUCUCUGUACACUUGUGUUGUAUUUGUAUCGUUGCAAAGGUAUAUAACGUUAAAUAAAUUAAUAAAGAAGUCAUUUAAACAUCAAA